CACAUGCGCAGAGUGGGGAAACAGUUAACUUCUGAACUUCGCAGGCAGAAAUUUUUUGGGGAAAAAGUAAUUCUGCUGAAAUGGCAUUCCGGAGGAGAAACAAGAGUUAUCCCUUCUUCAGCCAGGAAUUCUUAAUACAAAAUCAUGCCGAUAUCGUCUUUAGUUUGGUCAUUUUUAUUCUCAUUGGAUUGAUGUUUGAGGCAACAGCAAAGACUGCCAUAUUGUUUAUUCAACCUCAGUACAACAUCAGCACACCGUCACCAGAGGGAGAGGUGACGUUGUACCAGUACGGCUGGCAAGACUGCACCACCAUCCUCUUCUAUUUCUUCAUCACCAUCAUCCUCCACGCCGUGGUGCAGGAGUACGUCCUGGAUAAAGUGAAUAGGCGCCUCCAUCUCUCAAAAAGCAAGAACACCAAGUUUUGUGAGUCAGGCCAGCUGUGUGUGUUUCACCUGGUGUCCAGCGUGUGGAGUUUCUACAUACUUAUAACAGAAGGAUACGUGUUUCACCCAAGCACCCUUUGGGAGAACUACCCACAUGUCCACCUCCGGUUUCAGGUGAAGUUCUUUUACCUCACUCAGCUGGCCUACUGGCUUCACGCCCUACCUGAGCUCUACUUCCAGAAAGUACGCAAGGAGGAGAUCCCUCGCCAGCUGCAGUACAUCUGUCUCUACCUGCUGCACAUCUCUGCAGCAUACCUGCUCAAUUUGAGUCCUGUGGGCCUGGUACUCCUCUGUCUGCAGUACCUGUCUGAGCUGGGCUUCCACAUCGCCAGAAUAUUCUACUUCACUGAUGAGAGCCACCAAAAGAUGUUUGACCUGUGGGCCGUGAACUUUGUGUUCACGCGGAUGGUGACCCUCACACUUGUGUUCCUGGCUGUGGGUUUUGGGUUGGCCCGUGCCGAAAACCAGGGGCUGGACUGGGACAUGGGGAACUUCAACACUGUGCUGAUACGGAUGCCUGUGUUGUUGCUGGUGAGUCUGACCCAGUCCUGGCUCCUGUGGAAGUUUAUCCGUUUCCAGCUGAAGCGGUGGCGAGAGUUCAGACAUGAACAGGUCGCUAGGAAGAGGGUCGCCGCCAAGCAAACCCCCCGACCGCUGAAGAGAGACUCCAUUGGCCACCAUGAAAACGGCGCAAUCAAAGCUGAGAACGGAGCCUCUCCUCGACCCAAGAAGAUCAAGGCCCCCUAAUGGCUCCACCCGUCAUGGCUGCCUGAACAGUGACCCUGACUAUAUGGCUUAUCAAUCAGAGGAACAAGAAACUGGUCCCACACCAUUCUUCCUGUUUUGUGUAUUUUCUGGAGGUGAUGUGGGGGCUGCGUAUGUCGCCAUGGCCACAACAAGGCUUAAAAAAUGCAAUUCCAAAACCAAACACCCCUCGAGCCCUGAACAGACAUUUACUAUCAUAUCAGUAUUUUUUUAUACAACUGUCUGCUAUGGACACUCGGGUUCUGAUCUCCAUGUAUACUGAACGAUGUAUGUUAUUUGUGAGUCGCCUUUGCUUUUAGCAUGAGUCUUAUUCAUUAGGCACCAAACGGAAGAAAACUGACUGAAACAUGGACGGACUAGACUUGCCCAAGAAGAAACACUCAUUUUUGGUUUCCUCUGCAAAAUGUUUUGUGCCCUAAUAAACACGACCCUGGUUACUUGGUGCAGGAAGAAUGUUGCUGGUUCUACGGUGGUCCUAAAGGGAUAUCAGAGCAUGAUGGGCGGGACCAAGGUGAGAUUGGACCAAUUAUGGGGCUCUGGUUACUCCUUGGCCCCUCCCUCUGGGCCAUGGUGAGUGUGGCUCAGACCGUGCUGUGGUCACUUUACACAAACAUCCUGAUGACCACCAUGAUGUAUGUGGGAUAAUACUGCAUGCUAUUCCAUUGUUUUUAGUUUUCUAUUUUUACUUUAUUAAAUAAUACAUGGUUCUCAAA